AUGGCAGACACUAACAAGCAAUCCUCCGAAAAGAAAGAAUACCACAAAAAGGCAACCGGCAACGCCCUAACCACCGUAAAGAAUCACUCCAAAGAGAAUGACCUAAAGCUGUACGGCAGUUGCUUCUGUCCCUUCGUGCAGCGUGUUUGGAUAUCGCUCGAAGUCAAGCAGAUACCAUACCAAUACAUCGAGGUCGAUCCGUACAAGAAGCCAGACUUGCUUCUCCAGAUCAAUCCGCGAGGGCUCGUGCCGGCGUUACGGCAUGGCGACUGGGGCUGUUACGAGAGCACUGUGCUCAUGGAAUAUCUCGAGGACCUGAGCGAAGGCCAGUCACUGCUGCCGCCGCAGCCAAAGACGCGCGCACACAGCCGGCUCUGGAGCGAUCACAUAAACCGCCACAUUAUCCCCUCAUUCUACCGCUUUCUUCAGGAGCAGGACCAGCAGAAGCAAGUAACCCUCGCCGACGAGCUCAAAACCGAGAUCGGUAAGAUCGUCGAUGUUGCUGACCCCACGGGGCCCUUCUUCCUUGGCGCCGGCAUCUCCUUCGUGGACAUUCAGAUGGCGCCGUGGGUCGUACGGCUCAACCGCGUCCUGAAGCCUUAUCGAGGAUGGCCGGAGCCCGAGCCGGAUAGUCGGUGGGCGAAGUGGGUCAAGGCUAUUGAGGAGAAUGAGCAUGUGAGGGCGACGACGAGCACGGAUGAGCUGUAUUUGGAUAGUUACGAGAGAUACGCUGAGAACCGGCCGAACACAUCACAGGUCGCAAAUUCGGUCAACUCGGGGCGUGGUCUGCCAUAG